GCCGAUGCCGAGCCGACAGCGACGGGGCAAACUAUGUCGAAGAUAAUCGAUAUUCCACCGUCUCAAAAGCAGAGGCCAAGGCGCGGGCGACGAGCUCCCUAGAAAACGACGCCGUCCGGCCGCCGAGCACCGCAUCCCCCGCGCCCCCCGCCCCCGCGCCAGGAGACACCCCGCCUCAAAAGCUCGGGCGCAAGCUUCGUUCCCUCCCCACUAAGCUUCCCCCCCUUCCCUCCGCCCCGAUCUCAGCCCGUCUCGUCCCUCGCUGCCGUCCCGCCAACGCCGCCGCGCUCCGGCCCCUGGCUCGCUCGCUCGCUCACCGCUGAUCCCCGCAAAUUGGUUUUCUUUUUGGCCAGCCUUCCGCUUCGGCAUCCCCAAGCCCAUGGCCGAGGUACCUGGAGCUGCCGGCGCCCUCGGCUCCCGACCCCGGGAGGUCGUGGACUCCCCAGAGCGCGCGCCUGCUCCGCCCCGCGAGCUCCCCUCCGCCACCGAUGCUGUUAAGGAGGCUCCUGGAGGUUGGGAGGUCAGCGGCGCCGCUGACGCCGACAAGGCAGCCGGCCUGUGUUCCGGCGCCGAGCUCGGAUCGGCGGAGCCGGGUGCUUCGGAUGCGAGACUAGAAGCUCCGGUGGCGCGAAUCCACCAACAGAAGUUGGGUUGCGGGAGUACGGGUUCCGAUGAAGCUGCCGCAAUCAGCCAUAUCCCCUUACCGGUUGAGCCGUCCCCGUCAGAGGCCAGUUCGAAUUCAGACACCAACGCCACCACCGGGACCAUUGGUGGUUCUUCUUCCCCCGUGGAGGCCCCCCAAGCAGAAGCUGCUGUGGCCUCUAGCGAGCUCGGAGUCGAGUCCAGAGGUGAUUUCGACGGUCAAAACGGCCUUAUCCAAGGGGAAUCGGAGUCGCGUGCCGGCGGCGUUUUGCGCGGCGAAGGGGCAGGGACGGAGCCUGAGGCCCCAGAGGCCUCCACGCCACAGGCCAAGGAAGGAGUGGACAGGAUGGAGACGAGCUUGGAUGACUCUGAGGCCUCGGACGGGUCGACCACGCAGGAGGACUCUGACACCGACGUGGAGACGGAGUCCAGCAGCUCCAGCGCAGGGGAACAGGACACGGGAUAUAGAGUCCACGUCCCACUCAUGGAACAAGUGAUCCGCGAGGUAUCUGGUGAAAACAACGCUUCAGAGGCGAAGAGCUCUGAUAGGAUGGAUUCAGUAGCUGUAUCAACACUUGUACUAGCUUCAGGUGCAGCCAUGUUACCUCAUCCUUCAAAGGUGCACACAGGUGGUGAAGAUGCUUAUUUCAUAGCUUGCGACGGCUGGUUUGGUGUAGCAGAUGGAGUUGGUCAGUGGUCAUUUGAAGGAAUCAAUGCGGGGUUGUAUGCGAGGGAGCUAAUGGAUAGUUCCAAAAAAAUUGCUAUGGAGAAUCAAGGGCCACCAGGGAUGAGAACCGAGGAAGUCCUUGCUAAGGCGGCAGUUGAAGCACGGUCCCCUGGUUCUUCAACUGUCUUGGUUGCUCACUUUGAUGGCCAGGUCCUUCAUGUAUCUAAUAUUGGCGAUUCGGGAUUACUGGUGAUAAGAAAUGGGCAAGUAUACACACAAACAAAGGCGAUGACAUACGGUUUCAAUUUCCCGUUGCAAAUAGAAAACGGUGUUGAUCCUUCAAGACUUGUACAGAAUUACGCUAUCGAUUUACAAGAAGGCGAUGCCAUUGUGACAGCGUCGGAUGGUCUGUUCGACAACGUCUACGAUCAUGAGGUGGCAUCUAUUGUCUCGAAAUCUCUGGAAGCUGACCGCAAGCCUACGGAGAUUGCUGAGCUCCUGGCUGCUAGAGCAAAGGAGGUGGGCAGGUCCGGGUCCGGGAGGAGCCCGUUCUCGGACGCGGCGCUCGCAGAAGGCUAUCUGGGCUACUCCGGGGGCAAGUUGGAUGAUGUAACAGUUGUCGUGUCCAUUGUUAGGAAAUCUGAACUAUAAGCUGUUGAUAAGUUGUAUUUCUACUCGGAUCUUAUGGCCAUGGCCGCAGCAAGUUGCGAGCCAUAUUCGGAUCGAGUCCGAAUGCUUGCAUUUGGGCUGAAGAAUGACCCAAUCCCUUGGCCUAAGAAAAGAACAGAGAGUUAAGAGUA